UCGCUGUUUGUUCAGAAGUGUGCAGCGCGAGCUGGAAUAGGUCUCGUGGAACAAGCGCAUAACCGGAGGACAAGCUGAUUGGUUGGAUGUGGGAGCAGAGAGCUCUGGUUGGCUGUUGGAGAAUCAUUAAACACCCACACUGUCAAUAGUGAGACCCAAAUGUUGGGUAUAUAGGCAGGUGUAUUGUAGCUUGAUGCAACAGACUCAAAAUUUCAUCAAGUUGAAAUAUCCCCUCUAUUUUGGGACAGCUCUUUUCUAUUCUCUCUCUCUUGCACGGAGCUUAUCACCUUAAGGGGACCAUGGUUAUGUUGAAGAUCUCUGCUUUUCUUGUUGCCUACGCUCUGAUUCUUUGCCAGAUGUACAGCUCUAACGCAGCUCCUGCCAGGCCUGCACUGGAAUCAUCACUAGAUCGAAUUACACUUACCGACUAUGAAGCAAGAAGAUUGCUUAAUGCGAUUGUCAAAGAAUUUGUGCAAAUGACAGCAGAGGACAUGGAGCAACAACCUAAUGAAGAAAACAGCCUGGGUAGACCAGUGUCCAAGCGCUGCUCCAGUCUCAGCACUUGUGUGCUGGGGAAACUGUCUCAGGAGCUGCACAAACUGCAGACGUAUCCACGCACCAAUGUAGGAGCAGGCACACCGGGCAAGAAGCGCAGCCUGGAGGAAAGCGAUGCCUUUGCUGAAUAUGGAGACAUGCUCAGUCGUAUCUAAUCAGCGACUGCUGUAACCCAUGCUUGGCCUGAUGUGCAAGUGCAUGUGGAAUGCUUGCCUGAUUGCCUUGAAAGAACUUUAUUUCUACUUUCUUUGGCAGAGUAACGAAUUUCACACAGACUCUGUUCCACUAAUUUCAUAUAGUCACUGGAUCUAUUUAGGUUGUAUAACUGAUUCAUGAAAUCGAGGGGAUAACAAUAAGCAUUUUUUAACACACCGCAAAAAUUCCAGUCUUGUGUGAUUUUAAAUUUGUUCCUGAUCUAAUAAAGAUAUUUUUAGAGUGAGAUUUUUUGUCUAUUGAUUGUUUCAUGUUCAGAAAUACAAGCAUUUUUCAAUUUGACCUAUUAAAUGUAAUCAGGCUUAAGUACCCAUUUUAGGUAAGAUAUAUUACUGUUGCCACUUUGCUAAAUAUACAUAAUAUAUUAAAUAUGUGCAUUUAUAUCAUGAGACUACAAUAUUAUAUAUACAUAUAUAAAUAUAUAUAUAUUUUUUAAUGUGGGUAUACCUUUAUAAAUUCCUGAUCACUUU